AUGGCUGACGGACUCAACGAAGCACGUGCCCUGCGGGUGGCCGAAAUCAUCAACGACUACCGAACUCUACUUGUGCACAUCUCUCAGCAGAACGUCCAAAUCCCGAAUGCAGAGGCCAACGAAGAGGGCUACAAGACGAUCAGAGAAGGCCUGGCUGCCGCCCAGGCAUUGAUGUCGUCCAACUACAAUCCCAGCAUGACGCCUGCUCAGUCGAACGUGGAGACGGAGAAGGCGGAGUUGCAGAGAGUGAUUCUUGACGCCAGCGCCCGUCGCUUUCAAGCCCAUCGUAUCUACCUUCGCGUGGCAGCCGCCAGAAGAUGGGCUAUCAACCGUCAGAACAUCCUGCGCGGACAGCAACCUGGACCUCAACACGCUGCUCAACUCAAGACUGUGAGCAACACGUUCCGACAGGAAAUGGCUCAAGUGACAGACCAAUACGUUGUUGCUGAUCUCCGGGCUGCAGACACGCGGGCAGGUCAUUGGCUUGCCGACGAUCCUUCCCUGCCAGUGAUCCUUACCUGGAUCCGUUCUCACCCAUGA